AUGCGGUGGAAUAAGCUGGUGGUGUUGCAGUGCCUCCUGGUCCUUGUGUGUGGAGUACUGGGGGAGCCCAUUCGGAAGAGAGAAGCACCAUUGGGCAUUGCGCCCCCACCGUUGCCAGCUGUUGGUGGAUUGAGCGGUACUUAUGGCGCUCCAACUGAGUCAUAUAGUCCUCCAGCUCAGAAUUAUGGACCACCAGCGCCGACUUAUGGUCCACCAGUUCCAGCUCCAGCUCCCGCUCCUUCGUACGGGCCUCCAGCCCCGUCCUACGGUCCUCCAGCCCCUUCUUACGGUCCUCCAGCCCCUUCUUAUGGUCCUCCAGCCCCGUCUUACGGCCCUCCAGCCCCUUCUUACGGCCCUCCAGCCCCUUCUUACGGCCCUCCAGCUCCGGCCCCUUCAUACGGUCCCCCAGCUCCAGCUCUUUCGUACGGUCCUCCAGCUCCAGCCCCUUCUUACGGCCCCCCUGCGCCCCCCGCCGGCACUUGGCAGAAAAAAAUAACGUGGAAAGAGGAGUGGAAACAAGUUUGGGAGAAAAAGCUCCAGUGGAAACAGAUCUGGAAAAAAGUUCAAUCUCCAGUCUGGAAGGAAGUGAAAUCUCCAGCGUGGAAAGAAGUCAAAGAAGAGCAGUGGAAAAAGGUGCAAAAACCAAUUUGGCAGAAAGUCCAAGUGCCAGUCACCAAAGAAGUGCAAGUUCCUUCCUGGAAGCAGGUCUGGCGGCCUGUGUGGACUCAGGUGCAAGUUCCAGUCGCGCGUCAGGUGCAGGUUCCUGAUUGGAAGAAGAUCUGGAUUCCAGUGUGGGUUGACGAUCACAGUCAGGCGCCGGCACCAUCGGACACAUACGGACCGCCCGGAUUUGGAGGCUCCGGAGGGCACGGAGUAUCGGACACGUACGGACCUCCAGCGACUGGAGGCUCUGGAGGACACGGAGUAUCGGACACAUACGGGCCUCCAGCAAUUGGAGGCUCCGAAGGACACGGAGGCGACGAGGGUUACCACUACGGGCCACCUGCCGCGCCCCAGAAAAAGCUCAUCUGGAAGGCCAGCUGGAAAAAGAUCUGGAGAACUGAGCAAAAAACGGUCUGGGAGUCACAGAAGAAAAUGGAAUGGAAGUCGGAAUGGAAAAAGGUCUGGUCAACUCAGAAAAAACAAGUCUGGGUGACUGACAAACGGUUGAGCUGGAAAGAGGAGGAUGUUAAGGUGUGGGUCCCAGUGAAAAAGCAAAUUUGGGUCAGCCAGAAGGUGAAAAUUUGGAAGGACGACUGGAAGAGUGUGACUGUGCCUGUGUGGAAGCAGGUGGCGGCCUGGAAGAAAGUCUGGAAGCCCAUUGUGGAGAAAGUUUGGGUACCGAGUGAGCCCCAUCACGAGGAGCAUCAGGGAUAUCGGCGAUGA